AUGUUCGCCCAACCAUUCGAUCAUUCGUUCAACGAUUUAUUUAACCAGUACGUCAAUAUGGACUCUUCAGCGGUUGACGGAAACAAAGAUCUCUCGUUUCCCGGCGAUUUUGAACAGCUCUUCGCCUUGGACUCGCUGUCAACCGACUGUGGCGAUCUUUCUCCCCUUGUCUCCACACCCAAACGCCAGGUCCAGUCACCACAGCCGUGGCGUACAGGCGCUGUCUGGUGUCUUCAGGAAGAGACCGGCUUGUCUGACGAGCAGCGGAACUUCUCCUUGCAUGAAACCAUCCACCCUGCCGCAAUCUCAGACAUCAGCCUUAGCAGCCUUGAAGCACCUUCUCAGCCUCCUACGGAAAGUUUCACUCGUCCGUUUUCCACUUCGCCCUCCACUCCUCCGGCUACCCCCAGCAGCCGGAGAGUAUCCAAGAGUGCUCUUGUGACUCCCAAGACCAUCCGCCAUCGCGACCUGAAUGAUCGCCGUGGUCUCUUGCGGAAGCAGAGUUUCUCUCCCAGCCUGAUUCGCUCCUCGAAGCUAAACCAGAGUAGAAUGGCUUACCCUGAAGCUUGGGCGCAGCGGUUUCAGAACUUCAACCUGCGUAGCUCGGAUGAGCAUCUACCUCUAUCACCACCGCCGUCUGACAUCCUCGUCCAGCAUGAGAACCUUGCUAGUGACAACGCUGCGCAGAUGACCCUAGAGAACAAUAUCCACCCUUCUGACAGCCAACAUACCGACCUGAACUCGCAAUACGAUUCGUCCCUCUUCAUGUCAUCCCCUGCCGUCGAGAUGCCAUCUCCCUCCGCCGGGGCUCUGGCACGGCAGCAGCAGAAGAGGUAUUUAGGGCAUGCUAAUCCUUCUGCCUUGGUUCCCUCCAGCCCACCUUCUGCCGAUGAGAUCUUCCCCUCUUCGCAUUCCUCGGAUCCGUCGCUCUCCUCAUGGCAUUCCGAUGCCCUUGGGGCUUCGAGUUUGCCUUUCACCACUGCCGAUCUCCACAGCCACGAUGCGCAGGCGUGGUGGUCUCCCAUGUCUUCCCGUGUCACACAACGUCCGACUCCCUACCAAUCGAUGGCGGCAUCCCCCACGCCCCAACGGCCUGUCCAGGCCGUCCCCCAUCAGAACGAUCUGCUGCAAGGGGGGCUCAUGAUUCAGUUCGACCCCUCUUUUGACCUGCCGAGCGCACCCGACUCGACCUUUGCGUCGACUCCGCUACAUUCAACUCCAUCCAACCCCGAUGGCCGCUCCUUUGAUCAGAUGGCGGCCGUGCAUCACAAGUUCUCUAGCUCGAAUCCAUUCGCAACCCCUCUGACGCAUCACACCUCACGACAACCUUCCACCUCUCCCCGGAGCAGUACGUCACCCAAUGGACACAGCGUCCACAUGAAGAUGAACCACCGCCGGACACAUAGCCGCAAGCUGUCGGCGCAGUCGAACAGCGGGCCCAAGCCUGUGAAAGGGCCAUCCGGAAGCCCCAGGGGCGCCAAUAAAGCGGUCUCCGUCUCGUUUGUCAACUUCACCGCCCAUGAUAGCAAGAAGAUCCUGACAGGAGUCGCCCCGAGUGGCAGCUCGAAGACCAAGGCGCGGCGAGAGCAAGAGGCUAAGGAAAGACGACGCAAACUCAGCGAGGCCGCACUGAACGCCGUCCGGAACGCCGGCGGUGAUGUGGAGGCCCUAGAAGCUGUGCUUUGCUAA